CAAGUUAUAGCCAAGUAGUGCAAUAAAUCCAAUUUGUGCCAAGGUUGUGUAAGUUCCGCCGGCUUCCCUUGCAUUAGCACGGCCUCGUCAACUAUUCAUCCCCCGACAAAGAAGCUGGAAUGGCGCCAUCAAAUGAUAAAUUGUCUCUAUACGAGCAAGCAGAGGAAGCAGCUAUCUUUCUGAGAGCUCGUUUGCCAGGCCCACUGCAAGCCCCUCGUGUUGCCAUAAUUUGUGGCUCUGGUUUGGGAGGGCUCGCCGACACGAUCGACGAUCAGCCUCGUGCUGAGUUUGACUACACAUCAGUCCCUCAUUUCCCCCAUCUAACAGUUGCUGGUCACGCUGGAAGGCUCGUUUUCGGACACCUUAAUGGCCAAGUUCCUGCAGUCUUGAUGGUUGGCCGGGCCCAUUACUACGAAGGCCACUCGAUUGAUCGAGUUACAUUUCCUGUACGCGUGUUCAAGCUACUGGGCAUUGAUGCCAUCAUCUUGACGAAUGCUGCCGGGGGGCUGAACCCGGAAUAUAUCGUUGGAGACAUUGUGCUACUUAACGACCAUCUAUUCUUUUCUGGACUCGCAGGCAUCCAUCCGCUCAGAGGGCCGAAUGUGGAAGAAUUUGGACCACGUUUCCCUCCCCUUUCAGACGCCUACGAUCUUGACUUGCGCCGCCAUGUUCAUGAAGCUUGGGCUGCCCUGGUGGUAUCGGAUAAUAAGCGGAGGCUGCACGAAGGUGUAUAUGCCUUUGUAGGUGGACCGAGUUAUGAAACCAGAGCAGAGUGCCGCAUGCUUCGCGGCCUAGGAGCAGAUGUUGUGGGAAUGUCCACUGUUCCAGAGAUUGUUGUUGCGAGGCAUUGCGGCAUACGGGUCUUAGCAUUCAGUCUAGUGACCAAUAGAGCUGUCUUGGACCCAGUCCCUCGAGGCGACGAUGAAAUCUUCGACGGGAAAGAGGCAGGAGAGCUGAGGGCCAUCAUGCAGAAAGGGAAGGCUGACCAUCAAGAAGUUCUUGACACUGGUCGCUCGGCAGCGAUAGACAUGCAGAGAUUGGUGAUGAAAACAGUGGCUAUGAGCUUCCAGUAAUCCGACAGUCGGUUAGUAUGUAACCCGCAUGCCGAGGCCAUACGACCAAUCCCGGGGGCAAGCCGACCCUAGGGUUGAGCUUUUCCCUACCUAGAGUCCGCUCCAGUGCUAUGACUCAGCGCCUUGAUCCCAAAAGCUAAUGAGUUCAGCAUAGAUUCUCAGCUAAUCUACUUGCCUCUGGUGUUUCUUUUGGAGCGU